AUGAAUAUUGCAAAAGAGGAGGAGGGCAUCAUGUCAUACCUGUCCCAGAGUGAGAUCAUUACUAACCCAAAAGACUUGAACGUUGUGUCCAUGCUUCAUAACUUCUGGGAGAGGAGGCAGAUGAGUCAGUCAAAUGGCUCCUCCAGUGAGUUUGAUGGCUCUGUCGGGGAUGCAGCAGUCCAUGCAGAGAGUCUGCUCCUCUAUGAGUCUGUACCAUCCCCUGGCCCCCCAUAUGUCUACUACGUCACCCUGCCUGGAGGAAGCUGCUUUGGCAACUAUAAGAUGUGUGCCAGUCAGGCAGAAGCUCGGAGAGAUGCAGCCCGUGUGGCUCUGAUGAACUCGCUGGUGAAUGAGCUCCCAUCGCAUCGCAUCACCUCACAGUUUAUAACUCAAAGUUUGGAGCAGGCAGCCACCAACAGUGCUGUUUCUUUUGAGGAUGCAAGUGACUCGAACACCAGUAUAGGAACUUACAGCCUGCUGCUACACUCCUACAUGGGGCGGACUAUGCUGGAGUUUCAGGAGAUGAUGACAGUUUUCCAGUUGUUGCACUGGAACGGGACACUGAAAGCUCUAAGAGAAAGACAGUGCUCCAGACAGAGUGUGAUAGCUUAUUACUCUCAGCGAGGACUUGAUGAGUACAUGCGCAGCAGCUUGGCUCUGGAUUGGCUUGUACGUGAGCAGAAGUCACAGGGGCGUAUCGGGGAGGAGCUGCUGGUGGCUCAGAGGGAGCUGGUAUUGGGCCGGCGGCGAGGCCUUGAGCUGCGCUUCUAUAAGGAGAAGACAGAGAUCCUCAGCCUGGCCUUGAGUCAAGCUUACAUUCAGCACACACCUGAAGCCUUCAACCAGGUGCAGAGUCAUGCAAUAAAUCAAGAGCAGCUUCCCUUACACACAUUAUAUAGCCAGGACACAGAUAUCCAGAUAACUCCAUCCAGCAGUCCUACACAGACCCUCCAUAAAAACCCAAAGCAAUCAAUUAAUCAAACCUUUGGUAAACACACACCUCACAACAGCCCAUCAUUAUGCCCACAGCAGACCUUUGUGCCUUCAAAUAACUUUGAAGAGACUGAAGAAGAACUUACAGGAUGAACAGUGUUGUAGUUGGACAGGGGGAAGAGAACAUAAGCAUGGUCAAUGUCUUAAAAGCUCUUGUAAUCACAAGGGAUGCAAAUUUUGUGUUUAUUUUUGCCGUCAUAACUCUCUCACCUUAUUAACAUUCUUUUGUGACUGUAGAACUAACUUCAACAAAUGUGUAGCAUAACGUUAACCACAAGAAAUAGAUAAUUUAAAGAAUGCUAAUCCAAUAGAGGUAUGUAAUCGAAUUCUAGAUGUGACUAUUUAUCUGCCACUAUUUUCAGUUGUAUUUUUUUAAGUAUGUUAUGAUAUUCAUGCUCACUUUUAACUUAUUAAGCCUAUGAACUGUGCCAGCUUGCUGCAGCUCCUCAAUGCCUAACCCUUCUUUUCUUCUUUCUGCCUUGCAUGUCAAUUUUCUUUAUGGAAUUUACUCGGCACGGCAAUUCCAGACUCUGAGUGACUGUGGAUGACGUAUUAGCUAAAUGCUAGGAGACAAAGAGAUCAUUCAAAGGAUAUAAGUGGGUCAAGCACUUAUUUAAGAGCAGUUGGUUAUUAAAAAUAAUCUGGUUGAAUAAAUCAAUUAGGUUAGUUUAUUAUACAGUAUAUCUAUUGAGGUCAGCUGCUGUUAUACUUUGGAACCAGUACUUACUAUGUGUAUCAUGAUACAAUGUUUUUAUACAUAGAGCAUUCAGU